CUGGGGACAUUUGGGGACAUUUGUCGUGUCCCCGCAGUGGAGCUGCUGCGGACGCUCCUGUCCCGGACUUUGGGGCUCGGCGGGGACAAAGCGGAGCCGGUUCUGGAUGAGCUGAGCCUGGAGGGCGUGAGCCGCUUCCUGCAGAGCGACCGCUGUAAAAACAUCGUGUGCAUGGUGGGCGCCGGAAUCUCCACCUCCGCCGGGAUCCCCGAUUUUCGCUCCCCCGGGACCGGCCUCUACUCCAACCUGCAAAGCUACGACCUCCCCUACCCCGAGGCCAUCUUUGAGAUCGGCUUUUUCAAGCAACACCCGGAGCCGUUUUUCGCCCUCGCCCGUGAGCUCUACCCAGGGCAGUUCAAGCCCACGGUUUGUCACUAUUUCAUGCGGCUGCUGCAGGACAAGGGGCUUUUGCUACGCUGCUACACACAGAACAUUGACACCCUUGAGAGAGUGGCGGGGCUGGACCCGGAGCUGCUGGUGGAGGCUCACGGCACGUUCUUCACGUCCCACUGCCUGCGGCCCUCGUGCCACCAGUGCUAUGACCUGGCCUGGAUGAGGGGUUCCCACACCCCCUUCUUUCCAGAGCGGAUUUUCUCUUCUCUCGUCCCUAAAUGUGAGAAGUGCCAGGGGCUGGUGAAACCUGACAUUGUGUUUUUUGGGGAGAACCUCCCCUCACGCUUCUUUACCCUCCUGCAGUCGGAUUUUGAAAAAGUUGACCUGCUGAUCAUCAUGGGCACCUCGCUGCAGGUGCAGCCCUUUGCCUCCCUCAUCAGCAGGGUCCCCACCAACACCCCCAGACUCCUGAUCAACAAGGAGAAGACAGGGCAGAGUGACCCCCUGAUGUCCCUGAUGGGCUUCGGUGGCAUGGACUUUGAUUCAGACAAGGCCUACAGAGACGUGGCUUGGCUGGGGGACUGUGACAGUGGGUGCCUGGCUCUGGCUGAGCUGUUGGGCUGGAAGGAGGAGCUGGAGGAGGUAGUGCGGAGGGAACACGCAGCCAUUGAUGCCAAGGUGGAAGACAGGCAUGGGGGGGAUCCCAAAAAGAGCCUGGGGGACAAAGCCAAGGCUCAGAAGGAUCCUGCAAAGAGCCUGGGGGACAAGGUGAACGCUCAGAAGGAUCUGGAAAAGAGCUCAGGGGACAAGGCCAAUGCUCAGAAGGAUCCCAAAAAGUCCCAGGGGAACAGGGACAAGGCUCAAAGUGAGCCUGAAGAAAUGCAGGGGGCCAGCAAGGAUCCUCCCUUUAGCAUGGCGGGGCGGAACCCAAAUUAAAUGGUGACAGAG